AUGGCUGGCACGAUUACUAUGGAAAAAGUUGACCGACCCGAAUUAGCUAAACACGAUUCAUCGAUUCUCGAUCUCGUUUUUAUCAUGGAUUGUACUUCAUCAAUGUCAUCCUAUAUUUCGAGUGCUUUGGACAACAUUCGUGCAAUCGUCGAGGAAAUUGUUGUUAGUGAGAAAAGUGAUAUUCGUUUGGCACUAGUCGAGUAUCGUGAUCAUCCACCACAAGACAAUACUUUUGUAACGCGCGUGCAUGAUUUUACGGCUAAGGUUAGCGAAAUGAGAGAUUGGUUACAACAAUGUCAAGCAUAUGGUGGUGGAGAUUUAGCAGAAGCCGUGGCGGAUGGACUUCAUGCUGCUCUCAAAUUAUCGUGGCGUGCUGAAUCUACAAAAAUUUGUAUUUUGAUUGCCGAUGCACCGCCUCAUGGACUUGAUCCUAGUGGUGAUGGUUUUCCAGAUGGAUGUCCCAACGGUCUCGACCCCAUCCAAAUCGUUCGAGAAAUGGUGGAAAAGCACAUUACACUGUAUUCAGUCGGAGUUGAACCACCUAUUACGCCUUAUCGUGAUUUUUUUAUGUCAUUGGCUUAUACUACAGGUGGUCAAUAUGUUCCUAUGAUUAAUGCUCAGCUUUUAGCAAAAGUUAUUAUCGGCGGUGUACGUGAAGGAAUUUCAUUGGAACGGUUGAUGCAAGCCGCUGAACAGGAUAUUAACCGUGAAAUGCAACAAGCAGAAGCAGAAGGAGUUGAUGAUAAAGAAAAAAUCAAGCGAAUCAAUACUAUUUUCACAACGAAAAAUCUAUGUUCGACACAGAUGGCAAAUCCGUUUGGAACAACAUCGUGCACCGCUAAGGCAUUUUCUUCUAAUUGUCAUACUAUGGCUCAAAUGCAACAUGCUUUUUUAUCGGCACCGCGACCUAAUCAAUCAGCAUUCACGACAACCUCGCAUUCUCCAUUUUCGUUUGGUUCACAUUCCACCAUUGCACCUGGAGUUCCUCCAGCUUUAUUUAGUACGCCUUCCACUACUACUCCUUUACCUAACUCGUCAAUAUUUGGUAUGCCAUCGAGUAUUCCACCAAAUACCACGCCAUUUUCGUUCGGCGCACCUUCCACUAAUCUUCCAGGUACUAUUUCUCCGUUUGGUCCAUCUGCGACUCCUACAUCUAUGAUUAAUUCGUCAAUAUUUGGGACGUCAUCAUCCAUUGCACCAAAUGCUCCCUCGUUUUCGUUUGGCGCACCUAUGGCUGCUCCACCUGGAAAUGCUUCGUUCGCAUUUGCAACUCCAACAAACGCUUCUGGUACAAGUAGUUCAGCAGCACAGACAGCUAUGACCUAUGAUGUGAUGGAACAUACAGCUGUCAAUGAAGACCAAGCUGAGCGAAUCUAUCAGAAAUGGCAAAAUCGUAAAAAGUAG